AUGGCGGCCGUAACAAAUGUCCUCUGCAGCUCCUUCGGCUGCAUGCUCCUCGGUCUGGCCGUGGCACGGCUCCAGUUGCUCACCGAGGCCGGCUGCGGCGCCGUCGCAAAGCUGUACGCCAAGCUGGUCUUCCCGACAAUGGUCUUUUCCGGCGUCGCCCUGAUCGACCUCUCGGCAGUCGACCCAGCCGUGGUGCUGGUGGCUGCGGGCUCCAAAGCCAUUCUUGCGGCGCUAGUCACGUGCUGCGGGGUCGCCGUGCUCCGCGCCGACAAGGGCCGGGCCGCGGUCGCGCACGCCGCGGCGUGGGCGAUGGCCGCCACCCACUCGUUUGACGUCACGCUCGGCGUGCCGCUCGCUCGCGCUCUCUUCCCGGGCAAGGUGGACUACCUCUACCUCAACCAGACGGCGCAGCUGGUGCUGAUUAAUCCACCGCUCCUGAUCCUGAUGCAGCUCGGCGGCGGCGGCGGCGGCGGCGGCGCCGUGCUGCGCGGCAUCGCGCGAGAGCCUCUCGUGGUGAUGACCGUGCUCGGCCUCGCGUGCGGCCGCGGCUUCGGCGGGGUGCUCCCGCCGCCGCUCGCCGCGCUGAGCGGGCAGGUGGCCGCCGCAGGCCCACUGCUGGGCAACCUGGCGCUCGGCUUCGCGAUGGCGCGCGUGGGCGGCACCACCGCCGCCGAGGCGAGAGCGUCGUGCGCCCUCUGCGCCGCGAAGCUCGGCGUGAUGCCCUGCCUCUACGUCGGCGUCGCGGCGCUGAUCGGCUGCGACGCGCCCUCCGCCUUCCUUGUCUUCCUCGGCUCGCUGCCCGCCUCCGCCUCCGUCUACUCGCUCGCCCUCGUGCGCGACCUCUCCCCGCGCGUCAUCGGGCCGCUGGUGCCCGCCUCCAUCCUGCUCUCCGUCGCGAGCAUCCUCCUGCCGCCGGAGGCCCGCUCCGCCGUCAUGAUCGCCGCGGCGCUGCUCGCCGCCGGACUGGGCGCGAUCUACUCGCUGCGGGCAAAGGGGAAGGCCGACUGA